CAUCCAAAGAAGAAAAAAACUCAACGCGCACUGUGAUGACGUCAUUAACUUUUCUGGCCCACGUAAUUUGCAGUCAAACUAUGUUACUAAACGUUCAAGCUUGAAGAAGCAGAAAUUCAUUUUUUAAAGUCCACGAUGUCUUGGGUUAAGUCUGUACAGUACAGUGGAGAGGAUGUAUUUGACGAGGAUGCGGAUGAUAUUAAUUUACAGGACAAAGAAUGGAAGUACAAUAUGAAGAAACGUGUGAAGGACGGCUAUGUUGAUGGCAUCGACCAUGGAAAAGAAGCAUCACUCCAGCUUGGUUUCAACAUGGGAUACAGGGAAGGAGCUGCAAGCACCAUGGCCAUUGGGCAGCUAAAAGGAAUAAUAAGUGCUAUACAGUGCUGGUGCCAGCUCCAGAGACCAGACACCCCCACCUCAGUGACUGACCUCCUACAGCGGGUUGUAAAGCAUGAGGACUCUCUCAUGGAGGCAAUGAAGACGGUUUUGGAGAACCCCGUACCCAGCGUCAGUGACGUCUCGGAGAACAUGGAGGAUCUGGGGGUUGGAGAGGUUGAGUCAAGCUGCUGUGGAGGCGGGGGAUGCAGCAAGGGCUCAGACUGCUGUAGGAAAGACAGUGAUAUGGACAUUGGUCCCAUCUUGCCACAAAAGCCCCGUUUGAGCUUCACACUGCCCACAGACCCCUUUACCAUUACAGGGGAAAGUCUUGAGCAACUUCUACAGUGUUGCAUGGACAUAGUGUCUGAACUGGGUCUGCCCCAGGAACUGAUUCGGCAUCUACAGCAGCUGAAGAGUGCAACAGAGUGAAUGUUAGCUCAAAUGCAAAAAUAAUGCCACGGAAGACUGAACGGGUCAAUUUUUAAUUGAAUUUGUAAUAUGAUACUGUAUGUAAUACAUUAUUUACUAUACAUUAUUUUCUUAUAAUCCAAUUGCAAAUAUGCUACAGGAUAAGUUGAAUCCUUUUUCUAUAGUGCCUUUAUUCUAAAUAUUAAAAAGAUAGACUUGUAGUCUGCACAUGA